AUACCACAGAGGUCAGUCAAUACCUUUCACACAAUAGAAGCAAAUUUUGCUAAAGGAGACCAGCAGUAAGGCUGGCUCUGUAUAUAUUCGCUCUGUUCAAACAUGUAACUAUGUCACCGCUCACUAGUAUCAAUACACUAGAGGUAGCUCUCUCUCUUACCCACUCUUUAUACGCAAGAGUAAAUCUAUUCGUGUGUGGGUUUUAGCCGCUGAACCUGUUAACCCUAUAACAUAACAUUCCAGGAUCAACGUGUCAUCCACUUAUUAAAUGUAUGGUACGAUGAAUACUCAGUAACCAAUGAAACGCUAAGGAAGACAAAGUACACCAAUGAAAUUCAAUUUUAUAGAAGUUAAGCAGUGUUUAACUGUUGAAGCUUUCAUUCGUGCUUAAACAGCGAUCUUGUCAACAAGACGAAAUCUUCACGCCAGUAUACAUCUCGAAUCUGAUCAUGGGAACCCGAACAACUGACAACGGCAAGAAAACUACAUUCUACUCAUGGAAGCAGGUCAUGCGGAUGCCACACACUCUAAAUGAACCAGUCAUAACACGAUCACCUGAGUGGUUUCAAGAUAAGGAAGAAUGCGUGAAAGAUGCAAAGAGAAAAUUUAAAGAUGAAUACAAGGCAACAAAGAGAGUCAUUAUCAAGAAGAUGAAAACCUUACCACUCAAUGCUGAUGAAGUAGAUAUGGCUACAAAACUGAAACAAGCAGAGGAUCUUCUCACGAUGAGUUACUCUUUAGAAGUGAGUAAAAUGAUCAGUCAGCUCGCAUGUGAAAUGUGUAUUCCUUGUCUGUUUAAUGAAGAAGGUGAUCCAAUAUUUUUGGGAGAUCAUUCUUGUCGCAUGUCGGAGCAGGAGCAGGUUGAUAAAUACUUCAACGCGGCACUUGAGGAUAUGGACAAUGAACUGGUAAUAGGAAAAUGGAUGAAACUUGUGAUUGAUGAUCCACAUCUGUGCACAAUGCCUGCUUUCAAUUUAGUACCUUACCAGUGUAAGGACUAUCGUGACAAUACAUUCAAAUCACCUGAAUGGGUGAAUGGUUUGAAGCAAUGUGUUGUAAAAAUGUUGAAGUUGCAAAAACGCUUGUAGACUGUUUCCAUGUCAUAUUAUUUUAUCAGUACCAAAUGAAAUGUGUGUGUGUGUGUGUGUGUGUUUGUGUGUGUGUGUGUGUG